UCCGGAGACGCUUCCCGAUAGAUGGCUACAGGCCGCGGAGGAGGAGGAGGUGGAGUUGCUGCCCUUCCGGAGUCUGCCCCGUGAGGAGAAUGUCCCAGAAAUCCUGGAUAGAAAGCACUUUGACCAAGAGGGAAUGUGUAUACAUUAUACCAAGUUCCAAGGACCCUCACAGAUGCAUUCCAGGAUGUCAGAUUUGUCAGCAACUUGUCAGGUGUUUUUGUGGUCGCUUGGUCAAGCAACAUGCUUGUUUCACUGCAAGUCUUGCCAUGAAAUACUCAGAUGUGAAAUUGGGUGACCAUUUUAAUCAGGCAAUAGAAGAGUGGUCUGUGGAAAAGCAUACAGAACAGAGCCCAACGGAUGCUUAUGGACUCAUCAAUUUUCAAGGGGGUUCUCAUUCCUACAGAGCUAAGUAUGUGAGGCUAUCAUAUGACACCAAACAUGAAAUCAUUCUGCAACUUCUGCUUAAAGAAUGGCAAAUGGAAUUACCCAAACUUGUUAUCUCCGUUCAUGGGGGCAUGCAGAAAUUUGAGCUACACCCACGAAUCAAGCAGUUGCUUGGAAAAGGUCUUAUUCAAGCUGCAGUUACAACUGGAGCCUGGAUUUUAACAGGAGGGGUAAACACAGGUGUGGCAAAACAUGUUGGUGAUGCCCUCAAAGAACAUGCUUCCAGAUCAUCUCGAAAGAUUUGCACUAUUGGAAUAGCUCCAUGGGGAGUGAUAGAAAACAGAAAUGAUCUUGUUGGGAGAAAUGUCAUUGCUCCUUAUCAAACCUUAUUGAACCCCCUGAGCAAAUUGAAUGUCCUGAAUAAUCUCCAUUCCCAUUUCAUAUUGGUGGAUGAUGGCACAGUUGGAAAGUAUGGCGCAGAAGUCAGACUAAGAAGAGAACUUGAAAAAACUAUUAAUCAGCAAAGAAUUCAUGCUAGAAUUGGCCAAGGUGUUCCUGUAGUGGCUCUGAUAUUUGAGGGUGGGCCAAAUGUUAUACUCACAGUUCUAGAAUACCUUCAAGAAAGACCCCCCUCUUCCUGUAGUUGUUUGUGAAGGAACAGGCAGAGCUCCAGAUUUGCUAGCUUAUAUUCACAAACAAACAGAAGAAGGAGGAAGUCUUCCUGAUGCAGCAGAGGUUGAUAUCAUUUCAACCAUCAAGAAAACAUUUAACUUUGGCCAAAGUGAAGCAGUUCAUUUAUUUCAAACACUGAUGGAGUGCAUGAAGAAAAAAGAGCUUAUCACUGUGUUCCACAUUGGAUCAGAGGAACAUCAGGAUAUAGAUGUAGCAAUACUUACUGCACUACUAAAAGGUACUAAUGCAUCUGCAUUUGACCAGCUUAUCCUUACGUUGGCAUGGGAUAGAGUUGACAUUGCCAAAAAUCAUGUAUUUGUUUAUGGACAGCAGUGGCUGGUUGGAUCCUUGGAACAAGCUAUGCUUGAUGCUCUUGUAAUGGAUAGAGUUGCAUUUGUAAAACUUCUUAUUGAAAAUGGAGUAAGCAUGCAUAAAUUCCUUACCAUUCCAAGACUGGAAGAACUUUACAACACUAAACAAGGUCCAACCAAUCCAAUGCUAUUUCACCUUGUUCGAGAUGUCAAACAGGGAAAUCUUCCUCCAGGAUAUAAGAUCACUCUAAUUGAUAUAGGACUUGUUAUUGAAUAUCUCAUGGGAGGAACCUACAGAUGCACCUAUACUCGGAAACGUUUUCGGUUAAUAUAUAAUAGUCUUGGUGGAAAUAGUCGGAGAUCUGGCCGAAAUACCUCCAGCAGUACUCCUCAAUUGAGAAAGAGUCACGAAUCUUUUGGCAAUAGAGCAGAUAAAAAGGAAAAAACGAGACAUAAUCAUUUCAUUAAAACAGCACAGCCCUAUAGACCAAAGAUUGAUACAGCUAUGGAAGAAGGAAAGAAAAAAAGAACCAAAGAUGAAAUUGUAGAUAUUGAUGAUCCAGAAACCAAGCACUUUCCUUAUCCGCUUAAUGAAUUGUUAAUUUGGGCUUGCCUUAUGAAUAGGCAGGUUAUGGCACGGUUUUUAUGGCAGCAUGGUGAAGAAUCAAUGGCUAAAGCAUUAGUUGCCUGUAAAAUCUAUCGUUCAAUGGCCUAUGAAGCAAAGCAGAGUGACCUGGUAGAUGAUACUUCAGAAGAACUGAAACAAUAUUCCAAUGAUUUUGGCCAACUGGCAGUUGAAUUACUAGAGCAAUCCUUCAGACAAGAUGAAACCAUGGCUAUGAAAUUACUCACUUAUGAACUGAAAAACUGGAGUAAUUCAACCUGCCUUAAAUUAGCAGUUUCUUCAAGACUUAGACCUUUUGUAGCUCACACCUGUACACAAAUGUUGUUAUCUGAUAUGUGGAUGGGAAGGCUGAACAUGAGAAAAAAUUCUUGGUACAAGGUGAUAUUAAGCAUUUUAGUUCCACCUGCCAUAUUAAUGCUAGAAUAUAAAACAAAGGCUGAAAUGUCCCAUAUUCCACAAUCUCAAGAUGCUCAUCAGAUGACAAUGGAAGAUAGUGAAAACAACUUUCAAAACAUAACAGAAGAGAUCCCUAUGGAAGUAUUUAAAGAGGUAAGAAUUUUGGACAGUAAUGAAGGAAAGAGUGAAAUGGAGAUGCAUAUAAAAUCAAAAAAGCUUCCAAUCACACAAAAAUUUUAUGCCUUUUAUCAUGCACCAAUUGUAAAGUUCUGGUUUAAUACGUUGGCAUACUUAGGAUUUCUGAUGCUUUAUACAUUUGUAGUUCUUGUACAAAUGGAACGGUUACCUUCAGUUCAAGAAUGGAUUGUUAUUGCUUAUAUUUUUACCUAUGCCAUUGAGAAAGUCCGUGAGAUCUUUAUGUCUGAAGCUGGGAAAAUAAGCCAGAAGAUUAAAGUGUGGUUUAGUGAUUAUUUCAAUAUCAGUGAUACAAUUGCCAUAAUUUCUUUCUUCAUUGGAUUUGGACUAAGAUUUGGAGCCAAGUGGAACUUUGAGAAUGCAUAUGAUAAUCAUGUUUUUGUGGCUGGAAGAUUAAUAUACUGUCUUAAUAUAAUAUUUUGGUAUGUGCGUUUGCUAGAUUUUCUCGCUGUAAAUCAACAGGCAGGACCUUAUGUAAUGAUGAUUGGAAAAAUGGUAG